UUCCCCCUUUUCCCGCUGUUCUUAAUUGCAGCACGCUAUGCGGAAGUGAAUUUCCCAUCCUGGGAGCACCCUUCCCUGCCUUGGGGGCUCAGCUGAGAUUCGGCCCAGGUAAGCCUGCCCUCCUGGACCUGUGCUUUCUCUGCUUCCCCACUUUUUUCGGGUCACUUUGGCCAACUGGGCAGAAUGGCAGAGACCAUCCAAGCCCAGCAGCCCAGCCCAGCUCUCAGCCCCCACCGCUGCUUGGCAAGAUGCAGUUGCAAUUUGGGAACGGGUUUCCCACCAAUUUCCCGCCAAGAAAUUAAUGGAAUAAGGGGAUUAAGCCCUCGGGGAGACUGAGUUGAGUUGAUGUCAAGCAAGUGUCCAACCUUGGCUGAUCCUGGCUGCAAAGCAGUGCCCCUCCCUGACCAGCACCAUGGAGGGCCUCCUGCUGUGCAUCCUGGUGGUCCUUGGCCCCCUGGCUCGAGCCCAGGUGUGCCCCAAGCGCUGCACAUGCCAGAACCUUUCGCCUUCGCUGGCCAUCCUGUGCACCAAGACCGGUCUCCUCUUCGUGCCCACUGUGAUCGACCGGCGCACGGUGGAGCUGCGCCUGACGGACAACUUCAUCACCAUCAUCCGCCGGAAGGACUUCUCCAACAUGACCGGCCUGGUGCACCUCACCCUCUCCCGGAACACCAUCAGCCAGAUCCUGCCCUACGCCUUCACCGACCUGCGCAGCCUGCGGGCUCUGCACCUGGACAACAACCGCCUUCUCCUGAUCGGGGCGGAGCAGCUGCGGGGCCUGCCCAACCUGCGCCACCUCAUCCUCAGCAACAACCAGCUGCAGGGCGUCUCCCCAGGGGCCUUCGACGAUUUUGCCGGCACCCUGGAGGACCUGGACCUCUCGUACAACAACCUGGCGCAGGUCCCCUGGGAAGCCAUCCGCCGCCUGCACAACGUCAACUCCCUCAGCCUGGACCACAACCUGAUCGACUUCAUCCCUGAGGGGGUCUUCGCCAACCUCCUCAAGCUGGCCCGCCUGGACAUGACCUCCAACAAGCUGAAGAAGAUCCCCCCGGACCCGCUCUUCCUGCGCAUCCCGGUCUACGCCAAGCCCAAGGGCUCCCCGCCCUCCUCCCUGGUGCUGCGCCUGGGCGGCAACCCACUGCACUGCAACUGUGAGCUGCUCUGGCUGCGGCGGCUGGCCAGGGAGGAUGACCUGGAGGCCUGUGCCUCCCCGCCGGACCUGCUGGGCAAGUACUUCUGGACCAUCGCCGAGGAGGAGUUCGUGUGCGAGCCCCCAGUCAUCACCCGCCACACAGGCCACCUGGCGGUCACGGAGGGCGAGGGGGCGGUCCUUCGUUGCCGUGGGGUGGGGGACCCGGAGCCCUCCAUCCACUGGGUCUCCCCGGAAGGCAAAGUGGUGGCCAACACCUCGCGGACCCACUCCUACGACAAUGGCACCCUGGAGAUCCUGAUCACCGCCGCCCAGGAUGCCGGGGUCUUCACCUGCAUUGCCUCCAAUGCCGCUGGAGAAGCCACCACCUCCGUCGAGCUGAUGGUCCACCUGCUGCCCCUCCUCCCCAACAGCACCACCCCCAAGGUGCCCGGGGCCGUGGGGCCCUCCGACAUCCUGACCUCCGCCAUGGCCACCCUUCCUCUUGGGGCCAAUGACACGGGGGCCUCCCAGGACAGGGGCGUGGUAGCUUCGGAAAUCUCGUCCUCUUCGGUCCUGAUCCACUGGCACCCCCAGUGGCACAUCCCUGGCAUUCGCAUGUACCAGAUCCAAUACAACAGCUCCUCUGAUGACAACUUGGUGUACAGGAUGAUUCCUCCAUCCAGCAAGGGCUUCUUGGUGAAGGACCUGGCCGCCGGGCGGGACUACCGCCUCUGUGUCUUGGCCAUCUACAACGAUGGGGUGACAGCCCUGACGGUCACCCGGAGCCUUGGCUGCCUCCAGUUCAGCACCCCACAGGGUGGCCUGCAGUGCCACUCACUCCAUGCCCAGUUCCUGGGGGGCACCAUGAUCAUCAUCAUCGGGGGCAUCAUCGUGGCCUCGGUGCUGGUCUUCAUCAUCAUCGUCAUGAUCCGAUACAAGGUGUACAGCGGCCAGGAGGAGCAGAAGAAAGCCAAGGUCAGCAAUGUCUACUCCCAAACCAACGGGGGCCAACCACCACCCCUUGCCGGGCCGCCCUGCUCAGCCUCCAGACACGAGGGGUGGGAGUUGGAUGGCUCAGUGGCGGCCAGGACCAGGAGGGACUGCAGCGUUGUGGUGCUUAGCAAGGACUGCGAAAAAGGCUCACGGGCCGGUGCUUCCGACAAGGGGGUGGAGGAGGAGGUGUCAUCCCACCGGAGAAGGAGGUGGUCGCGGACUAAUGUUGACCACCACCAUGGUUGCUCUGGACUUGGACCCGAGGCCUCCAGAGAAGAAGAACCAGACCCCCAGUCAGUGCUCCCGGCUGAGGAGAGGAGGAACGGCAACGACUGGGCUGGCGUCAAGAUCUGAGCCCUGAAUGACUGCCAGCGAACGAGGCACAGCCGGACUGGACCCCCGAGGUAGGAGCUCCCUCCGUCCCCCACCUCCCCUUUGCAGAGAACACUGGGCCAGAGCAGAAGGGGAGCACCCUUGAAGAAUGCAGCUGGGCCUCUUCUCUGCUGCUCCUUGCACACCAGCCAGAUGUGCGGAA